AUGUCGCCCAAACGUCCUUCGUCUUUCUACGGCUCAGUACAAGGCUGUUCGCUUAGAUCAUACAGAUCUCUGAACUCUAUCAAUAAAAUCAACAAUGUAGAGUCUUGUCAAUUAGAGGAAGUUCAAUUACCCAUCAAGUCACAAUUUGGAUCAGAGUUCCGGCGAUUCUCGAUAAAAGUAGGCGCUGGCAAGCCUAUUCCGUCGUACGACGAAUUUGUAGCUACUAUACAGGAUCUUCAUCGACUAAACAGAGAUCAGAAAUCUACAACACACAUUACUUACGUAGCAAAUGAUGGGAGCACUUUACCGAUCUCUAAUGAUGAGAAUCUCAAGAAAGCAUUGGAAACUCGAGGCCGAGUGCUUCGGCUCGUAGUUCAACAUAAAGGCGAGACACUUGAAGAACAAUUUGGCUACGGUGUUAAACAAGAGGCGCUGAAUCGGAAAAAACGAAAAUUGUCCAUAUCUGCACCUCAGGAUUUCAGACGGGUCUCAUCCAUUCUGGACGCAGAUGUUCUACCUCAUGAACUUCGACGUGUACGAUUAUGUAAAUACUACAACAACAAGCCACUAGGUUUCUUCAUCAGAGAUGGAUUCUCCGAACGCCUCACUCCAUGGGGUUUCGCCCCUCAUCCAGGGAUAUUUAUAUCUCGACUUCUGCCUAAUGGUCUCGCAGCAUCUACGAAUCUCCUCAAUGUUAAUGACGAAAUCAUGGAAGUUAACGGCAUCGAUGUUUCCGGUAAAACCCUCGACCAAGUCACCGACAUCAUGAUCGCCAACUCGGCUAACCUGAUUCUGACGGUGAAACCUGCCGCAACAGCUCCAUAUCGUGCCAUGCCCUACUAUAUGCCACCUCCCUGCAACAUGAAUCCGUAUCCACCUGGAUACUACAGUCCCUACGCAUAUCGAGACCAUUUUGUUCCACCUGGUUACUGUAGUCCACAAAUGACGCAGUCUAUGUGUGUGCAGAGCAAUUUGUAUCAUUAUGCGCCAGAAAAUCAACCGGAAAUACCUCGUUUGCCCAUUUCGCAACCUUUCAAUGCUUCAUCGUUUUCUCGAGAAAGCACUUGGAGGAUUAGUGACAAGUUGGCAAAGAUGUCGCUACGUUCUCGUGACUCCAUCGACAAAAAGAAACGCCCCUUCAGUGUACAUUGUUCUACACAAAAUUCAGUACUGCUAUCGCCAUAUACUGCUUAUGGGUAUUGA